AAUGACCAGGGCGAUGGAAGGAAGUCGUGCUCGCUGCGGGCGUGGGGAAUGGGCUUACCGGUGUGUCGAAGGAGAAGGCGCACUCGUCUUUGUGGACCCGGUCUCCAGCCUUAGGAACCCGGAUCGUCGGUAAUACUGACAGCAGCGCCUCCUCACUCAGCUCCGCCAUGACACCGGCAGCAGCUCCUCCACACACAGCGGCUCCCACCGUUCCCAGUCCCCCACCCCCUAGGCUUGCCGUCCAAUGAGCACUACUCGUUAGGUGCAUGCGCUAAAGGGAGGACGCGCGAGAAUGGCAGUUGGACGCAGCCUGCCUACUAGUGCUCCGCCCUCUGCCCUACUCUUGGCUAACGCCAAUGAAAAGCCCUUCUAAUGCAACCGAUGGUCGAAAGAACCAAUCCCACGCUCCCAAGGGCAGAGCGCAAGUAGAGCAGCGAGGUGGGUCCCCGAGUUUUGGAUGCUCGGACUCUGGGAGCCCUACAGUCCCUUCGCGUGCCUUCUAUCAAAGAGCAGAAACUGACGGUUGUUUAAACCAAUCAAUCCCAGAAACUUUCCUGGGUCCUGUCCAAUCGGAAAAUAGAAGGCCAGUUGUACUCUUGGUAUUUGAAAAGGGGCUGUCCAAUGAGGCGGAGUUUGAGAGGGUUGGUGUCGAGUGAUUGAUAACUCCGUCAACCAAUAAGGAUUACUAUCUCUGUCGCCUCAGAAAAACCUUCACAACUUCGUCUCCAGCUGGAUCUGUACAAAAUCGCGUAAAACUUCAUGACUCUAUUUUUUUAAUAAGAUCAUUUGGCUUAGAAACUGAAGGUCGUAAAAGCGAAGACUGGCACUCCUCAAAGUCUCACGACGGACAACUCGGAACCCGUUGCGGGACAAAGUCCCCUUAUCGGGGCGGUGUCAGCCCUGGACAAGCCGAGCCGCUGCUCAUUGGCCCAAUGGUCCUCAUGAUAGACGUCGUCCCAGCCCAAUGGCUUCCUGCACUGGAGGCGGGUCUCACAAGGAGGCCUAUAGGGCCCUGCGUCGGCUCCACCAAUAGGGUCAAAGCAGGGGGCGUGGCGGGAGGUUUGAAACUCGGCGUCGGGAGUUGAGGCUCGAGCUGCUGUGCACCCAAGAGAGGAAUCGGGGCCUGAGGCCUCUGGCCCAGCGGCCGGACGGCUCCUCGACUGGGAACCGGGAAGAUCGGGUGGUCUGCAGUCAGAGGUCAGACGUGGUCGCGGCAAUGGCUGAGACCUGAGUCAUUUCUCACAGGCGUCCCCUCCUCGCCCCGGGCCGGGCCCUGCCCCACCUUAUUCUUCCUGGUUGAGAUGGGCUCAGCCAAGAGCUUCCCAGUCACUCCGGCGCGGCCUCCGCCGCACAACAAGCUUCUGGCCCGAGUGGCGGACCCCCGUUCACCUAGUGCCGGCAUCCUGCGCACUCCCAUCCAGGUGGAGAGCUCUCCACAGCCAAACCUACCAGCAGGGGAGCCGCUGGAGGGUCCCAAUCAGGCCCAAGACUCAGAUCCCCGCUCUCCUACUCUUGGCAUUGCACGGACACCUAUGAAGACCAGCAGCGGAGAACCCCCAAGCCCACUGGUGAAACAGCUGAGUGAAGUAUUUGAGACCGAAGCCCCCAGAUCGAAUCUGCCCCCGGAGCCUGUUCUGCCCUUAGAGGCAACUUCAUCUUCUGAAUUGGACUUGCCUCUGGGCACCCAGUUUUCCCUUGAAGACCAGAUGCCACCCUGGAGGCAGACUGAGCUCCCCUCCAAGCAGGUGUUCUCCAAGGAGGAAGUAGGACAACCCUCAGAAACCCCCAUGGCCAGCCAGGGCUUGGACAAGCCCUUGAGAGACCCUGAGACUCCCCGAUCUUCAGGUUCUAAGCACAAUAGACGGAAAGCAAAUGGCAAGGUACUAGGGAGAUCUCCCCUUGCAAUCCUACAGGAUGACAACUCCCCUGGAACUCUGACACCACGACAGGGUAAGCGGCCUUCUCCCCUGAGUGACAAUGCUAGGGAGCUAAAGGAAGGGGCCGUUCUGGGAACUGGACGACUUCUGAAAACUGGAGGCCGAGUGUGGGAGCAGGGCCAGGAUCAGGACAAGGAAAAUCAGCACUUUCCAAACUUGGUGGAGAACUAGGCCGAGUAUGGCCCCAGCACUGGCUUCACCCGGGGCCUAGUGAUGUUGCGUCCCCUCAACCCCAUCUUUCCCUGGGAGACUGGAAAGGCUUGUUGUCUUCAACGCCCCCCUAAACUCCCAGCUCGGGGACUGAGCGCUUUCUUGGGCUGUCUUUGUGUCUCAUGUGUUUCUUGUAUAUUAAAGAACGUGGUUUUAAAUGAU